AAAGAACGAAUUUGCAGACCACAAUGGACCUCAUUAUCCAUCUGCAAACAACUCAUGCACUGAAAUUCAUGCAGCAAAAACCCGGUCGCUGAAUCUCAAUUCCUUUUGCAUAUCCUCAACCUCAAGAAGAAAUCAUGGCUUUGGAGGUUGUGGGUGGAGCUUUUCUCUCUGCUCUUUUCCAGGAUGUAUUUCGCAAGAUGGCUUCUGGGGAAGUCGUUGAAUUCCUCAAGGGAAAGAAAUUGACUGAUGGAUUACUCAAGACAUUGGAGAUCAUGCUGUUAUCUGUUAGCGUUGUUCUCGAUGACGCCGAGGAGAAGCAACUGAGUAACUCAAUUGUGAUGCACUGGCUGGAUGCGCUUAAAGAGGCUGUUUAUGAUGCUGAGGACUUGCUGGAGGAGAUCAAGACACAAGUGUUGAAGGGGAAGCUCGAAGCCGAACCAGGGAGUAGCACAAGUAAGGUACGAAACCUCUUCCCUUCUUCUGACGCAACACUAAACACCAGGAUAGAGGAAAUUCUUGUGAGACUAGAGUUCAUUGCAAAACAAAAAGAUGUCCUUGAUUUAAAAGUAGGUGCUCCACAGAGAGUGUCACAGGCUCCGCCUUCAACUUCUUUGCUGGAAGACUCUGGUGUAUAUGGAAGAGACGAGGAGAAGGAGAGAUUGAUUAGAUUAUUGCUAUCGGACGAUGCGACUGGCAAUAAGAUAAGUGUGAUUCCAAUUGUGGGCAUGGGUGGGAUCGGAAAGACCACUCUUGCUCAGCUCAUAUACAAUGAUGUUAGAGUGAAACAACAUUUUGACCUUCAUGCAUGGGUUUGUGUUUCGGACGAAUUUAACAUUCUUAGAAUAACACAAACAAUCUAUGAGUGUGUUGUUUCGAGGACUUGUGAUAUUAGGAACCUAGAUCUGCUUCAAUCUGAACUGAAGGAGGUCUUGACAGGGAAGAAGUUCUUGUUUGUUCUUGAUGAUGUGUGGAACCAAAAUUAUAUGCAUUGGGAUUUUUUAAGGCGUCCCUUUGAAUCUGGAGGACACGGAAGUAAGAUCAUUGUCACAACACGCAACGAAGGUGUUGCAUUUACGAUGGGCAAUUUUCAAACACAUCGUCUAAUGCAAAUAUCAGAGGAAGGUUGUUGGUUGCUGUUUGCAAAACAUGCCUUUGGAAAUGCAGGUGUUAGCAUAGACUUGGAUCUUGAAAGAAUAGGAAGGAAAAUUGUUAAAAAGUGUGAAGGCCUUCCUUUGGCUGCUAAAUCACUUGGGGGUCUCUUACGCUCUAAAUUAAAUGUGGAGGAAUGGGAAGAUAUACUGAACAGUGACAUGUGGGAGUGGUCGCAAGAGGAAAGUAACAUUAUGCCAGCACUUUGGUUGAGCUAUCGUCAUUUGCCUUCACAUCUCAAGUGUUGUUUUGCCUUUUGUUCUAUAUUUCCCAAGAGUUAUAUGUUUGAAAAAUCAGAAUUGGUUUUACUGUGGAAAGCAGGGGAUCUCUUACAACCGAAAAGAAAUAAGACGUUGGAAGAAGUUGGAGAACACUAUUUCAUUGAACUACUCUCAAGAUCAUUUUUCCAAUUACGUAAGGAUGACAAGUCAUAUUUCAUCAUGCAUGACCUUAUCAACGAUUUAGCGAAGUUUGUAUCCAGAGACUUUUAUGUUAGGUUGGAGGAGAGUGAUUCAUCCAACUUUGCGAGCAAGACUCGUCAUUUUUCAUUUAUGAAGAAAGAUUGCCAUAGCUUGGAGAAAUUUAAGGCUUUACAUGGAGCUAAAUAUUUGCGCACCUUCCUACCAUUGAAACAACAGAAUUGGUAUAGUUUAGAGCUGAGAAUGUUGGAUAAGUUGGUACUACAUGAUCUAUUGCCAAAGCUACGAUGUUUAAGAUUCCUCAACUUAUCAGGGUAUGAUAUAUGGGAGUUACCUGAUUCAAUUAACAACUUGCAACUUCUUAGGCAUUUGGACAUGUCUGACACUCGCAUAAAAAAGUUGCCAGAUUCAUUGUGUACCCUGUACAAUUUACAAACUCUGUUGUUGUCAAAAUGUAAAGCACUUGCUCAGUUGCCGGGUAAUUUGGGAAGAUUAAUCAACUUGAGCCAUCUUAAUGUCGAAGGUACAAAGCUAGAAAAGAUGCCACCAGAUAUGGGCAAAUUAAAAGACCUAAGACUAUUAAGUGACUUUGUGCUGGACAAACAAGCUCCAAGAUUUCAAAUUGUAGAGUUAAAGAAGCUUCAGCAUCUGCGUGGAGCACUUCAAAUUUCAGGUGUUUGCAAUAUUGUUCAUGUUAGUGAUGCUUUGGAGGUCAAUAUUAUGAAGGACAAGAAGUAUCUUAAUGAACUAGUUUUGGAAUGGGGAUCAAGUAUAACUGACAAUUCACAAAUAGAUAGAGAAGUGCUCGAAAAGUUCCAACCUCAUGGUAACCUGAAAAGGCUGUCAAUCUAUUCUUAUGGAGGCACAAGAUUUCCGGGUUGGUUAGGAUAUUAUCCCUCAUCUACUCUGAUUUAUCUUGGACUUUUCAAGUGUGCAAAUUGUUACUCCUUGCCAUCACUGGGGCAGCUACCAUCCCUUAGAGAGCUUCAUAUCAGUGAGCUAGAUGCAGUGGUCUCUAUAGGUCCUGAGUUUUAUGGAGACAGCAGUAGUGAAAUUAAACCAUUCAGAUCUCUACAAGUUUUGACAUUCACUUUAAUGACGGAGUGGCUAGAGUGGUUUUUUGUUGGAGGUGAAGAUCAAGGUGGGGUUUUUCCUAAUCUUCUUGAGCUUCGUCUGGUGGCUUGUCCCAAGCUAACAGGGACAUUAGUCUUAGACUACUUCCCAAUGCUUAAGAGCCUAAAUUUGUUUGGAACUGGUCUAUCCCUUGGUAGUUCACAAGAAUGUAACUGGCCUAAACCCUUAUCAUUCACCACAUUGGAUAUGUCUAUUUGCCCAAAUAUUGUGACUUUUCCCUAUGGAAAGCUGCACGCGUCAAACUUGACAAAAAUGAAAAUAAGUGAAUGUAAGAAGUUUAGUUCACUCCCAGAACAAAUGCACAGCCUUCUCCCAUCUCUUCAGUCUUUGUUGAUAUUUGAUUGUCCAGAACUUGAAUCAUUUCCGGAAGGUGGGUUGCCAUCAAAGUUAGAAUCACUUGGAAUCUUUCGUUGCAAGAAACUCAUUGCAAAGCGUAUGGAGUGGGGUCUAAGAAGACUCACCUCUCUCACAGAGUUGUCGCUUGGCUUCGAUGAAUGUGAAGAAGUAGAUUCAUUUCCAGAGGAGGAUCUGCUGCCCCCUACUCUCACUUAUCUCCGCAUCUACGGUCUUUUGAGCCUUAAGACGAUGGAAGGUGGCAAGGGGUUCAGGCACCUCAGCUGUCUCGAAACCUUGGUGAUUGAGAGAUGCCCUGAGCUCCAGUGCUUGCCAGAUGAAGGGUUGCCCAGUACUCUUUCUAGUUUACAAAUCUGGGAUUGUCCUUUGCUAGAACAACGGUGCGGCAGAGAUAAUGGGGAAGACUGGCCUAAGAUUGCUCACAUCCCCAACAUAGACAUUAUAUAGUGAAGCUGGAAUGACGUCCGAUGUGUCGUAGUUCGACUUCUCUCCAAGGUUUGACCUGUUUGAUCAAUACUAGUAUAUUGCAUGUCAUUGUAAAUCUAAAUCCCAUUGAAGUUGAUAAUCUGUCUGCCUAAAUAAUACUUGCCCUUAUUUUGCAGACCAAAUAUGGAGAUAUGAAUAGAAGCUACAGCUUAUUUUUAUUACUGAUACAUUAUUAAUUCUCUGAAAAAAAAUGCAAUAUUGCAGUAAUUCCAGUUAUUUGUCCGAUACUGAAGCACCAUUUUUUGAAAAAUGCAACACUCAUAAUGUUCUCUUGAAAUGCUCAUAGAAGAAAUUGACAUACUUCAGCAUUCCUGUCCAUCAUGAAAUUCUAUUGUUACACCCCUUCAAAAUUACAUAAAUACAAGAGCUUUCUGGACCGUAUCCGGGUUAGUAAGUAAUGAAUAUUUAUGGUAAAGGAAGCAGGACGGCAGGCUAUCUUAUAGAACUCUUGAAUUAUAACUCAUGAAUGGAAUUACCGGUACAUGUAAAUGUAUGCCUUAUGCCCUAUUGUUCAUUGAAUGCAGGCUAGUGUUACUUUUGGUUUGCAAUCCUCAUAGAGAGAGGAUUUCUCCUAGUUUAUAAUUAGAUUUUAUUUGGAUGUUGAUUUUGAUUUGGUUACUUACAUACCCAUUCUCUCUUUUCAUAACUUCGUAUCCACCAGUUCUCCAAGCAUGUAUGCCAAGAGAUUUAUUUGUGCCGAAUUGUCGCAAACAGAAAUACAUGAUGAACCCUACCAGCCAAGACUAAGAUGUGACGACAUGCUCAUCAGAUUAACAUACAUCAGUCAAGAGGAUAUUUUGAGACUGAUCCACCUGGCUUUAAGUAUCAAUUUGAUGCACCACAGGUUACAUUUGAAUCAAAGAUUUGGAUCAACUUCUACUCUGAUGAUAAACGACGAAAGAGCCUAGAGAACUUGUAUGUAAAUCUUAUGCUCAUGGAUGUCGACGAUGAAGUCCUGGAUGAUAUUGUGGAAACAAUAUCGGUUGCAGUUCUUGACGUUGCCGUCUGCCUUCCCCAGUUGGCUAUUCAUUUGACCAUUUGGAACAUCAUUGCUACUGCAGUUUUGUUGUUUCGAUGAUCAUGAUGAUAUCCUCUCUUGUAUCCGUGUACGAAAAUCGUGGGCUGAGUUUAGAGCAACUACCUGCAGUACUCAAAUGCCUCCAUUAUGUGCUGUUAGUUUGGGGGAUUUUGAAGAAGGUGGUUUUGACGAUAAGUUAAUUACUCGUUUGCCCUGCUUACAUUAUUUUCAUGGAUGUUGCACUACCCGGUGGGUGAAGACCCAUCACACUUGUCCGCUAUGCCGACACCAACUAAUGCCAACCCUGAAUGAUGAAAGUGCUGGCCCUGACUCAUGAUAUUUGUUGUCCAUUAGAUAUAUAUUUUCCUUGCGGUUUUGAUUCAUAUCUAUUGGAAUCUUAUACUAUUGUCCAUGGCAAUUAACGGGGGUACCAUAACUCUUUGCCACUUCUGGUGUCCGGAGCUUUGAUAAAAAUUUAUUAUUUACCGUGUUCACGAAGUUAGUGAUUAUGCUUUUUUGACUGUGGUUUCACAUCAAGCUGUGAAAAUCAAAUGACAAUAAUAGUUAUUUUUACUUUAUAUAUGUACAUCUGGAUUUUCCGUAUAGGCAUUUGAUUAAGAAGGCUGCAUGCUGGAAGAGUCAGAUUUGUAAACCAGAUAAUUAGAGACUGCUACAGGUGAAACUAGCUCUUGAUGUUCGCACAAAGUGAAUUCCAGAUAUAGGGACGUCUCUAUCUGGCAUUUGUUUACAUUGUUGAUUCUUGAUGUGCUGAUUAAUGUCAUCUCUUAUCCGUUCUAGUAUGCCCUCCUUAUAACAUUGACGAAUAAGGGACUAUAGUAUAACAUAGUUAUUUAUGUUCUUUCACCGAAGUCACUUCGCGUUUAAUUUUUCCUGCUUAUAGUCUGCUACUGAUAAUUAUAUGCACCUGACUGUAAUUGAUUCAUUGUCUGAUAUGUUUUGCAGUGAUGAAGAACCCUGCUAAUCUAGCGAAGUAUCAAGCAAAUUGCAAGGUACGUGGCUCCUAUAAAUUAAUAAAUUAAUCUAUAAUUUCCAAGAUGAUGAGCAAACUUGGUGGACCAAACUGAAAGUUUCCGAGUUGUCAUGAUGUUUUUGGGAGAUGAAUGAGAUGGUGUUUUGACGUAGUGCUAUACAAGAUAGUUUCAUGUGCAGUAAUUGUGCAACUCAUUCACUCUUUAAUUGUACUUCAACUUUCAUAAUUGGUGGACCAUGUCUGACUAUCCUUGGAUAAAUUUUAUCAAUUUACUGAAGGGUUAAAGGUUUUCAGAUUCAUUAGCCAAAAAAAAAAAAAGGUUUUCAGAUUCUCUUUUGUUUGGUUGAGUUUCUUACCGAAACACCUCAUUCAUUUGAGAGCAUUAUCCUUGGAUUCUUGAUACAGUAUGGUCAAAAGAGAGGUCUGUUACGGUAGCCUGAAGAUUUCUUCCCUUGAGAAGCAAACAACAUGGUCUGUCAAGCACUGCCUUGAACGUGAAACCUGUUUGCUGAAAGUCUGAAACCCAAGAAAUUAAGGGUUGUUUGACCAGUGCUUGUAUGAACUUUGCCACCAAACACCAACGGCCUAGUGGAAGGAGAGAAUAUUUCAAUAUGCGUCUACUUCAACUUAUUGGGGUACUUGUUUUCUGGUAAUGUAGAAGGAGUUAUGGAAGAAGUUACGGGAUUGUUUUAUUCCGGUCCUGCCAAGUGUAUCCUCCUGUAUGACUUCAACUUAUUGGGGUACUUGUUUUCUGGUAAUGUAGGAGUUAUGGAAGAAGUUACGGGAUUGUUUUAUUCCGGUCCUGCCAAGUGUAUCCUCCUAUAUGACUUCCGUUUCUAUAUCACAAUUCACAAGCACUAGACUGUAAUUAAUCACCGGAACAAACAAUUGCCAAUAUCAUUGCAACCAGCAAUGUGAUCCAUGGACAUUCCGGUGCCCAGUGUGAUCUGCAUGUGACGGUGAAGCGUUAGAAUGUCCCACGUGUGAAUCGGCAGUGUCGAUGGAGCCACUACCGCUGUUUCAGUGAGUACGAUCUUCAUCCGAGCUCAAUUAGAAGCUGCUUCCUCUUCCAGUUCUUUACAUUCAACUCUUUCAUGAGAUUCAUUUAGAGCAACUACCUGCAGUACUCAGAUGCCUCCAUUAAGUGCUGUUUGUUUGGAGGAUUUUGAAGAAGGUGGUUUUGAGUUUUGACGAAAAGUUAAUUACUCGUUUGCCCUGCUUACAUUAUUUUCAUGGACGUUGCACUACCCGGUGGGUGAAGACCCAUCACACAUGUCCGCUAUGCCGACACCAGCUGAUGCCAACACUAAAUGAUGAAAGUGCUGGCCCUGACUCAUGUUAUUUGUUUUCCAUUAUAUAUAUUUGUUUUGCUUGCGGUUUUGAUUCAUAUCUUUUGCAAUCUUAUACUAUUGUCCAUGGCCAUUAACGGCCGUACUAUAACUCUGCCACUUUUGGUGUCCGGUCUUUGAUAAAAUUUAUUAUUUACUAUGUUCAGAAAGUUAUUGAUUAUGCUUUUUUGACUGUGGUUACACAUCAAGCUGUGAAAACCACAUGAUAAUAAUAGUUAUUUUUACUUUAUAUAUGUACAGAAAAAUAGUAAGCUAAAGUACAGAAUGGUAGUAUCAGUGUGCAUUGUCUACAGACUUCAUAUGGUCUUUCUUUUAUAUUUAUUGUAGCAUUGUGCUCUCAAGUCAGAAAUGCAAUUUACACACCUAAACUUUUUCUGUUGGAAAUUUGUGUAGGACCCAGAACUGAUGGCUGCAUCUAGUGAUCCAGAAGUUAUGGCUGCUCUUCAAGAUGUGAUGAAGAACCCUGCUAAUCUAGCGAAGUAUCAAGCAAAUUGUAAGGUGGCUCCUAUAAAUCUAUAAUUGCCAAGAUGAUGAGAAAAUUUGGUCGACCAAAGUGAAAGUUUCCGAGUUGUCAUGAACUCAUGAUGUUUUUGGAGAUGAAUGAGAUGGUGUUUUGACGUAGUGCUAUACAGGAUGGUUUCAUGUGCAGUAGCUUGAUGAAAUUGUUGCAACUCAUUUACUCUUUAAUUUUACUUCAACUCUCAGUUGGUGGACCAUGUCUGACUAUCCUUUGUAAAAUUUUA